AUGGUUCAUCGCGACUGUGAUAGCACUCUGCCUGCUUGGGCUCAAGCAUUGACGUCGCCAACGAAUGGAAGAGUCACUUCCACUGCGUAUCCGAAAACACACUCUUUGACGCUCAUGAAGCUCGCUCAAACCGACCCGGCGCAAUUUGUACGGCGUUGGCGAUCGGCGUACCGUACACGUUCCCGUUGUGCGCUCGACAAUGACGAACUAUGGGCCAUGACACGUGUACUCGCACGCAUUGCGGAUGAUAUUCUUCGCGAGGUCCAGAUAUUUAGCGAAGCCUACCUGAGGUCGAUGGAUUUUCUCAAGGGCAAUACCUAUCCGACAUGGGAUUCCCUCGUCAAGUUCGGUUUAUGUUCGUUGUGCGAAGAGGCGGUCGGCGCUUCGGAUUUCUUUGACGAAUACUCGUAUUGGGUGAUGGACAUGGUGCAGGUCAUGGACGGCCUUAUGUCUUACUCCAGAUACCUCUUUUUCCCACUCCGGGAUCGAUCCGUCGCUCUGUACGAGGCCACUUAUCAGCUAGCACCGAAACUAUGGACCGCAUACUGGGCUCACCGGCACCUACUGUCUGACGGAAAUGCUUUGGAGCGCGUCGUGUCUGGGCUUGCUCAGCAUUUGCGCCUUCACCUUCGCAGCAUGCUCUGCUCUUAUCGUCUUUGUACCGUUGACGACCCUCGCCCGCCCCGUAAAGAAGCUUUGCAUGAGCCAGCAUUACACAUCAUGUGCUGGAUGCGCCGUGACGAUCCCUGGCCCUGCCGCUUUGAAGUCCAAGGCUCAUUCGCCUUCCUAAUCCUCAUGCAGCCUAGAGAAAUUGCGCGGUUCAUCGAGAACGACAUCGUCCAGUCGCUCUGCGCCAUACUUGGCGCUCACCAAGCGAUAUUCUCGAACAAGGCUUUCAGUCCUCAUCUUGUCGCCACCGGAUUCCUUCGCGCAUUGUGCGGCCUGCUCGAGCGCCAGCGUACUCGGGAGUACUCCGAGCCUGGCAUGAUAUCUGGCAUAGCAGAGUAUGUUCUCGACAUGAUGCGAUUUAUCACGGAGGAAGUGCCACAUUCGGACGGUGCAGCUAUUCUCAUACGGGAACACAACCUGUUCCGCCUUGUCGCACGGUAUAUAUUGCUGCAGCUCUCGAAGACGCCGACUGUACACGGACAGAAAUGCGCUAUCAGCAUUUGUAGUGCUUACGAGCGAAUGGGACAGCGCCUUUCGGCGCGGCCCGGCAAGAACCCGCUAUGCAAAGACUUGCAGCACGCUCUUCGCCAGGAAUGGGCGCCGUUGUUCAUAGCUCUUGACAGCCUCCUCCCGACGCUUGAUCCCAUCAAUGGGCGGCCAAUCAUAACGAACGUACGUAAGGCGUGGUGGAGGUUGGGCAAUAUCGGCGCGGGUUUAGACGAGGAGAAGGAGAAGAAGGAGUACCAUAAGCGCGCGGAGAAGAUGUGCUCCUGGGUAGCGUGCGACUGGCACACUGUUGAGCUGCCCGUGGCGACUAAAUUGUGCAAGGGCUGCGGUGAAGUGAGGUACUGUAGUGCAGCAUGUCAACAACUGGACUGGAAGAGCGGUCAUCACAAGCAAAGGUGUCGCAGGUUGAAGGACGCGCCGCAUCACGCGUAA